AUGCAGGGAAACCAGCUAAUUGCCCUUCUCAUCGGCAUCCUGCUACUCAUCAUCACCAUCGGCUGGUUGGUCUACUGCUGGUAUCGACGACAUGUCAACAUGGGAGUCAUGAUCAGCCAAGCCCGAGCGCGGGUCAGGCGGGAGCGUCGCCAUGCUCAGUGUGAUGUGGAGAGAGGCAGCCACGGUCCUGAUUAUCCCGUUCCCAAAUACACUCACUUCGGAUGGGUACGACCGAAGCUGAGAUAUGCCGACAUCAAGGAGCCGGAAUAUGUGGUACUCCGCCGCUUGAAUGAUGAAGGCAGUCAUUACCGGGCCCAUACUUUAAGAGAGGGCCGUGUCUCUCCAGCACAUGCAGAGACGCGGCGUCCGGGGUACCGCAAGGGAAACACGCGGCCGCAAUCGCCGAACAGAUCCUAUGGACAUCAGCAGGGACAAAAUCAGCAACAGAAACAGUCAAAGAAACAGAAGCAGAAGCAGAAGCAAAAGAAAGGAAAUCAAGGCAACCAAGGCAACCAGAACAACCAAGGGAACCGGAAGAACAACAAAAGAAAGAACAAAAACAACAAAGAAGAGACCCAUGAGCAGCCUCAAGAGAACCAACAGCACGAUGAUAAUCACGGUUAUCAAGAAGGCUACGGAAAUGAUCAAGAAAAUCGCAACUUUCGCCAGCAGGACGUCCAAGACAGCAAUGAAGAGAAUCCCGAUUGGGGUGAGCAGGGUGCCCAACACAAUGACCAAGAAAAUCACGACUCUGGCCAACAGGACGUCCAAUACAACGGUGGAAGCAAUAACGGCUGGGGCCUGCCGGCAGACCGAAGCAACCAAGACAACAAUGGUAGCCAGCAUGGCCAAGGAAAUGACGGCCACAACGACCCUUGGGAUAGCUACAAUGUUCAAAGUCCCCGGGUGUCUGAGAAAAGUGAUGGACACGAUCCAAAGAAGACUGGCCAAAGAGACCACAAUCAAAACAGAUAUGAACAUGGGCGAAGAAACGGCCAGGGAGGUAGUUCACGGGGCAAUGGCUACCAGGACAGGCACUCCUCUAACACACGGGAGAGGAGUAUCCAGACGGGGAGCAGUCGAGGUAAUAGCCCCGUGCGAUCACCAGUCCAUGACAGGCAAUACAACAACUACGAAUGGUGA